GGCUCCAUGAGCUGUUCAAGUCCAAAGUGACCAGCGUGGGUUUGUAUUUAUAAAUAAUCCUAAAUGUAAUCUUCUGUGUCUCACAUGCAGGUUCAGAUUAUCUCUUCAUACUCGUGGGUUUACACACAGGCUUCAAGCAACAUCCAUCUUGAGGAAGACAAAGAGUACUACUUUGAAAUAUUACUCCAAAGAAUGUCUUACUACAGCUCAAACUCUUUGAAAUUACAAAUCUAUCAAACAAAAACUUCUUUUACGCCACAGCAGACCAGAGAAGCCCAGAAUGAAGUGCAAGUCAUCGGCACCUCCUACAGUUUCUUUAGUGAAGUGCAGGAAUUCUGCUUAAACAACUGGAACACACAAACCCCAAUACAAGAAGUCCAGCAGAUUGUUGUGGAGAGCCCCUGCAUCAGUUCGGGGGACUGUUCGGCCGUUCAGUUCAGCCUUCUCUAUAACAACGAAGCAACAGGUAUGGGGGCACCGAUGACGGUACAGUUUUUGAGCUCAGAACAAAUGUCUCGGGUUUCUGCCAUGACUAAGCCUGCGGAUUUUGGCCAACAUUUUAAACCCCAAGUUUCUUUUAAAAUUUUUGUGCAACAGACAUUGUUUGAUUGCAAAUGUAAAACACUGAAUGAUUUCAACUAAUAGAUAAAGGACAACUUACUGUUUUUUUGGUCAUAUCAGUAACUGAAUAUACAGAGUUAUCCGACACCAAUCAGCACUGUG